CGACGCGAAUUUUUCAGUUAUUAAUCUACACCUUCCGCUUGCUGGGUUCUCUUUAGCCGUCAGUUGAAUGUGGCCCUGGGUGCAAGUAGAGGUUUAUGGGGCUACCAUUGACUGGGACUUAGAGCCCCCUGAACUCAUAGAGGGGGAUCUGGUCGAGCUCACGAUCCCCGGACGCAGCAUUCGACACGCUGACGGCCAGUUUGCGUGGAGGUCCAUAAUCCUGUCCGAGGACGUGUGGCGUUGGACGUACAGAGAGCACCGGUCGGGGCAAGGAGUGGGCGUAGUGAGAGCCUACUUGUAUUUGGGACCGGGUGCGGUGAAGGAGGCCGUGGUGGGCCUCGCGACGACAGGGACUAGUGACGCAGUUAGCAGGGUGCUACGGUACCUAGGGGAAGAGGUAGCUGCUUUCCGAGCGGAGGACGCGAGCGACCCGUUGACCCUAUUUCAUGGACGUCCUCCUCUUGAUAUCACGGGCGAGCUCGUAAUAGCACGGGACGGUUUUUUUCCGUACAGCGUUAGGAGCCUGCGGGCGAUAGUUCCGACGUUCAUAGUAGAGAGCGUCUUUGGAGGUAUUGGUGGAGUGGUCGAGACAUACCUGGCUUAUCAGGAUCUCAAGAUCCUGGCGAGAAGACCUGCCAACCUGGACUAUAUCUAUUAUUCGCUCACGACUGGUGGGCCUCGUUGGGGAGACGAGAGAGUUCAGCUUAUAGAGCUGAUCCGCUCGAUAGACGACGAGUGGCCCCAGCCUCCGUGCGUUUGGGAUUGGCUAGACCAUGAUCUGGGAGAUGUAUCAAUGUUCCCUUCGAUGAAGGAGAACGUCGAAGCAAGGAGAAUAAAGACGAGUAAAGGAAUGGAGCCGGUCAGGAGCCAGAGCAUCAAGAUAAUCUUUGAGGGGGAUAUCGCGACCACACCCAUAAGGGUGGCAGCCACCAAGUCAGCAAGAGGGUCUAGAUCGAAGAAAACUGACACAGAUUACGUGAUGGCUGAGAAGGACGGGCAGCGGGUCGAUAGAGAAGAGGUUAUCCUUUCGCCGCGAAAGCGGGGAGUCAAGAAGUUCUUAAUGAAGAGUUCGUUGGACGAGAUUCACACGGUUGAGCCACUGAGGCGGGCCCUUCGGCAACCAAUGCAGUGCUCUAUUCUGAAGUACCUGGCGGCAUCGAAGCCGGCUCGAGAUGAAUUACAGAUGAUCACGCGGAAGACUCGCAUACCUCUAUCAGAGGAGGGUCAGGGAGCCCCUAAAGCGGAAGCUUCUACAGUAGCGGUAACGGGGGUGACAGCCAGAGCGGAUCGCAUGGCGACAGUCCUUCUCGAUGGGAUGGAAGGUGUGCCUCCAGACAAGUUGUAUAUACUUGGUAGCGGGGCCGUAGAGACAAUUAUAAACGAUGGAGCGGUACUCGAUGCUGUGAUUGAUAACGGCAGUGAGGCUGUCAUCAUAGAUGAGGACCAGGCGGUACAAGUUGGACUGGGCCUCGAUAGGUCAUACCUAUUCGAGAUAGAGACGGCUGAUGGGAGAAAGCAACAGAUCACUAGGUUUUGUCACAAGGCAGCCAUAGAGGUCCAAGGGGUACGAGUGACCCUGCCUGCCUUUGCAGUCAAAAACUGCAGCUCCAACCUGCUCUUGGGUCGAACGUGGCUGAGCCACGUGCAUGCAGUGACGAUAGAGCGACCUGAUGGGAGCCAAACAUUGUCCGUUAAGAAGCCAGAUGGGACGCGGGUAAUGAUUGAGACAGUGGAGCCUCGGGACCCGAGGAACAGAGCAGCUCUCGCUGUGGGUGCAAGACCCAGUGAUCAGAUUAAGUCUUUACCCAUCUCCGGCCGCGAGGUGCGAUUUCGCGAGAAGAGAUAUGGACCACUGCUCACAGAGGAAGAAGGAAGGAUGGUGGAGGUAGAAGAUUUAGGAAGCCGGCUAAUAGUGGACGGCAACUCGUACCCGCAGGAAAAAGAUGAGGAAUUUGGCGGUGUGGUAUCCGUGUCUUUUUUAAGGGCACGGCCCCCUAUGGGGGGCUCCCCAAGCGACACAAGCGRGUAGCUCAAAAAGUUAAGCCAGCGGCGGUGGGCCACGAGCGAUC